AUGGCUCCGAUUCAGACGACCGCUGACCAAAUACCAUCAACAAGCAAGCUGGAUGGCCCGCCACCACCCUCCUCUUCGUUCGGAAUCAUCAAUCGAGAAAAUACCUUUCGACAUCCCUCCACCCAAGGCUCACAAAACUUGGCGAUUCAUGAACUUAUUGCACCUCAUAUCACAAGCUUCAAUGCACUCUUCGAAGGUCCAGAUGGAUCCCCCGGUCUACUAGGUCUCGCCAUUGCCGACCUUCCCUCCAAAGUGGUAUUCGAUUCAGAGAAACAGGCCGGAGACCGAGAUUCUAGGAACCGGUUGGAGUUCAAAAUUACUGAGGUGAUGAUCUCGAACCCAUUGGCGAUGGAAAAAGGCCAAGGUGCACUCCGGGAUAGGACCUACCCAACUGAGGCCCGUGAAAGACUUACGACCUAUGCUGGCAAGAUCUCGGCCAAGGUAACCUGGUCACUCAAUAACGGCCCCCCUCAGAAUGAAUAUCGUGAUUUUGGAUUGCUUCCGAUCAUGGUCAAAUCUGAGAAAUGUAACCUUAAACAGAUGAGCCCCGCCAAACUUGUCAGUCAUCAUGAAGAAUCAGAAGAGAUGGGUGGAUAUUUCAUCGUCAACGGUAACGAGAAGAUCAUUCGCUAUCUUAUCGUCCCAAGAAGGAACCAUGUCAUAUCUCUCAUCCGACCCUCCUUUGUCAACCGAGGGAACUUCUACACCACCUAUGCCACCCAAAUCCGAUGCGUCCGUCCCGACCAAACCAGUCAGACCAACACCCUACACUAUCUAUCUAAUGGUACGAUCACCUUCAGAUUCAGUUGGCGGAAGAAUGAAUACAUGAUCCCGGUCGUCAUGCUCCUCAAGGCCCUCACCGGUGCUAGUGAUCUCGAGAUCUUCACCAAUCUCGCCCAAAAUGCCUUCGAAGACACCUUCCGGACCGAUCGAAUCGAACUAAUGCUCCGAAACUUUCAACACUAUUCCCUACCCACCCAAUCUGCCUGUCUGGACUUCUUGGGAUCAAAAUUCAAGGUCGUACUAGGCUGUCCGGACGAUUGGGGGUCCGAACAAAUCGGUCGUUAUUUGCUCCAGAGGAUCGUUCUUGUUCAUCUCAAAGACCCAAUAAGCAAAUACCGUCUACUACUCUUCAUGAUCCAAAAACUAUAUGCCUUGGUAGCUGGCGAGUGCUGUGCGGACAACCCGGAUUCACCCCAGCACCAAGAGAUUCUUCUACCCGGUCACUUGGUUUCAGCGAUCCUCAAGGAACGAUUUGAAGAAUAUCUGUCAGGUAUCCAAAUCCAGAUCGCUAAUGAAGUGCGCAAAUCAACCACCGGCGUCACAUUUUCGGAUAACAAGUUUGUGACGAAGGCCAUGGGUAAGGUCUACUCUGAUAUCGGUCGACGGAUCACUUUCUUCCUCGCCACCGGUAACUUGGUCUCGCCUACCGGACUAGAUCUCCAACAGACUAGUGGGUUCACUAUCAUCGCUGAGAAGCUUAACUUUUAUCGUUACAUAUCUCACUUCAGAUGUGUUCAUCGAGGUGCAUUUUUCGCCGAAUUGAAGACCACUACGGUGCGAAAGCUUCUCCCCGAGGCAUGGGGCUUUCUUUGUCCAGUCCAUACACCUGAUGGCUCGCCCUGCGGACUGCUGAAUCAUUUCGCACAUAAAUGCAAGAUUCUAACCUCGGCACCUUCGGUCAAGAACAUACCUCCUCUGCUGCUCUCGAUGGGCAUGAGUCAGCCAUUCGAUACCACGAUCCACCCUUCAAAGUUCGUCUCUGUUCAGUUGGACGGCCAGAUCAUUGGCUGGGCCUCUUCGUCACUCUGCUCCAGAAUGGCAACAGCUCUUCGGACUUGGAAGACGGAAGGCUUGGAGAGCAUCCCGCUCGAAUUGGAGAUUGGGCUAGUGCCUAGAUCCAAAGGUGGGCAAUAUCCUGGUUUAUUCCUCUUUUCAACUCCCGCUCGAAUGAUGCGUCCGGUUCAGCUGCUGUCGAACAAGAAGACAGAUCUAGUUGGAUCAUUCGAACAAGUGUACAUGGAUAUCGCGUGCUCUCCAGAGGAGAUCGACCCGGGAUUUAGCACCCAUGUCGAGAUUUCACCCACCCAUGUCUUGUCACUACUCGCGAACCUCACACCCUUCUCAGACUUCAACCAAUCCCCUCGAAAUAUGUAUCAAUGUCAGAUGAGUAAACAAACCAUGGGUACCCCAUCAGGCGUAAUUCACCACCGAACCGACAACAAGCUUUACCGACUCCAAACUGGCCAGACCCCCAUCGUCCGGCCGGCACUGCAUGACGUCUACCAGAUGGAUCAUUUCCCCAAUGGGACCAACGCUGUCGUUGCUGUUAUCUCCUACACGGGUUACGACAUGGAAGACGCCAUGAUCCUUAACAAAUCUGCGCACGAGAGGGGCUUUGCACAUGGGACUGUUUACAAGUCAUUGAUAGUCGACCUGGCCCCAGAAGGUAGCCGGAUGAAGACUGAGAAGCAUUUCGGGAUUGGAAACUCUUUUGGCAGUUCUGAAACCAGCGCGUUUAGCAGGAUGUGCGAGAAGCUCGAUUCUGAUGGGAUCGUCAUGGUCGGCAGUCGGGUCCGGUCCGGUGAUCCUCUAUGCGCGUAUGUUGAUCGGACCAACGGCAAAACGUCGUUCGAGAAAUACAAGGGCGAUGAAGAGGCGUUUGUGGAGGAAGUUAGGAUCAUCGGUGGCGAAGUAAGCUCGAAGGAAUGCACGAAGAUUCAUUUUAAACUCCGGGUCCCCCGUUCGCCAGUGAUUGGAGACAAGUUCUCCUCGAGACACGGCCAGAAGGGGGUGUGUUCGCAGAAGUGGCCGUCGAUCGAUAUGCCUUUUAGUGAGUCGGGCAUCCAGCCCGACGUGAUCAUCAAUCCCCACGCCUUCCCGUCCCGGAUGACGAUUGGGAUGUUUGUCGAGAGUUUGGCUGGGAAAGCCGGAGCCAUGCAUGGGAUCGCCCAGGAUGCCACUCCAUUCCGCUUUAAUGAGCAAGAUACCCCAUCGGCGUAUUUCGGAGAACAGCUCCGAGCAGCCGGCUAUAACUACCACGGCAACGAGCCGAUGUACAGCGGGAUCACCGGCAAAGAGUUCAAAGCUGACAUCUAUAUCGGCCUGGUCUACUACCAACGACUCCGUCACAUGGUCGGCGAUAAGUGGCAGGUCCGGACGACUGGUAAGGUUGACAAGCUGACGCGCCAACCAGUCAAGGGCCGGAAACGAGGAGGAGGGAUCCGAUUCGGGGAGAUGGAGCGAGAUGCGUUGCUUGCGCACGGGACUUCGUUCCUGCUGCAAGACCGACUGAUGAACUGUUCGGACUACUCGACCGCCUGGAUCUGUAAGCGGUGUGGGCUGCUGAGCUCGUUGGGAUACGACCUGACCGACGAGGCCGAGCGGACGGGCAGCCACCAUGUGCAGCAAGCCCAUCAGGCCGAACCUACUUACUCCUCUUCUGUCAAGAUCCGUGGCCCGCAGGGCGAAUACUGUAGACAGUGUGAACCCGACUUCAAUCUCAAGCUCGAGCGGCCUACCCAAAACGGCCAGAGCCUGGAAUCCCUCCCUAAUCAAUUAGCUAACCAUAUGGACAUCAUCGCUAUUCCUUACGUAUUUCGAUAUCUGGUUGCCGAACUCAUGUCGAUGGGAAUCAAGAUCUCGUUACAAGUCGAGUCAAUCUCCAUCUAA